CCCUGUCACACACUCGCCCUACCCUGUAGGCUACAGAACACCUGUGAAGCUACACCAACUCCAGCAUAGACCCAUUGACGUGUGAGGCUCAGAGCCCACCUGGAGUGUGUUCUACUGGAUAGACCUGAAACACAGGGGAGGGAGGUGCUGGGAUUGUCCUGGGUUGGUCGUACACACACACAGGAGGGGUGUUCUUUCCUUCACCAGUCACUGCCACAAGGAUCCAUGGUCUCUCUGAGGAGGGGAACUGUCUGCACUCAUGGAGAAACAAGGAGGGAAUGGAUGUAAACGUCAAGUCGUGGUCGAGAGCCCUGUACGACCACUGCGGUCUCUGGUGCGGCCGUGUUUCAUCUUCCUCCUCUUCCUGUCCACGGUCAUCGUGAUCAUCCUCUUAGGUUUUCCUGACAGAUUCUCCCAGACAGACUGGUGGAAAAACCUAUCACUGUACACAUACUACCAUAGAUGGACCAACCCCGACCGCCACCGUGGACCAUCCCCAACCACCAUUCCCCCAACCACAGUACCAGCCCCACCCUCAGCCACCAUACGUCCGCUACCAACCAAUCACUACCACUUUGGCUACCCUCGUAACUACCACUUCAUCGUAGACGAACCGGACAAGUGUAAUACCCAGACCCCGUUCCUGGUGCUGAUAGUCCCCGUGGCGCCCGGUAACCUGGCCGCCAGGGACGCCAUCCGCAGGACGUGGGGUAAUGAGACCCUGGUGCAGGGGAAGAAGGUACAGACGCUAUUCAUGCUAGGACUUCCUGGAGGACUAGGUGCCCAGGAGCUGCAGGAGAAGGUGAACCAGGAGAGCCAAGUGCAUCAUGAUCUACUCCAGAGCAACUUCCUGGACUCUUACCUCAACCUCACCAUUAAGACCAUGGUGAUUAUGGACUGGCUGGCCACCCACUGCACCAAUGCCACCUACGCCAUGAAGAUCGACUCAGACAUGUUCCUCAACGUAGAGAACCUGAUGACUAUGUUGCUGAGACCGGACGUCCCCAAGGUGAACUACCUGACAGGGAUGCUGAUGUGGGAUCGCCCGGUCAUCCGGAACCCCAACUCCAAAUGGUAUGUUCCGGUGGAGAUGUUAGCCGACAACCGAUACCCGACCUACACACUUGGUAUGGGAUACGUGUUCUCCAACGACCUGCCGGAGAGGUUCGUGGCGGUAUCCAAGGACAUCAAGCUUUUUAAUAUAGAAGACGCCUAUGUUGGCGCCUGUAUGAAGAAACUGGGCCUCUCGCCCACAAACUCACCAGAUCCUUGGCAAUGGAAGGCCUAUCUCGGCAAGUACAAUCGCUGUGAAUUUUCCAAAGUCAUCACCUAUAUUUUGAGCCGCCCGUCCCAGAUAGUGGACUACUGGAUGGACCUGAAGAAGACACCUGGUCCACCCUGUCCCUAGACACUGAUCUAGUGUCCAUUUGGUAUUUUUCAUCCUAAUGGUCGAGUCUAAGUCUUUAGGUAGCCAAACAGAUAUAUAUACCUGUAUAUAUCGAUGAAAAAAACACAGCUGUAGCUCUGCCACCUUCCGCCUCAGAUGUGGAAGGCUGACAUCGGCGCAUGUGGUGGAUUGAGAUGCAGCCCAUGCAAUAAAACAGAUAUCUCUAGCUUAAACAGACCGUUUCUGAUGGGAAUUUUUAUGUUACGCUUAUUCAAUUUCCGCGUGGACAUUGAAUCUGGUACUAGUACUAAGUUUCACGGACUCUAUCAGUGUCCGAGGGGCAGGUAGCUGAGCGGCUAGUGUUGUGCCAGUAACUGAAAGGUUGCUAGUUCAAAUCCCCUAACAGACAAGGUGAAAAAUAUCUGUCGAUGUGCCCUUGAGCAAUGCACUUAACCCUAAUUUCUUCAAUGUUGAUAAUGACUGACCUUGGCUGUAACCCCAUUCUUGGGGGGAGUUGAGAUAUGCAAAAAAAAAA